AUGGCAACAACAACUCUAGCUCAUACAACAUCUCCAGCUACAAUAGCAAGCACAAAAGCAGCUGCUACGACAACCACUGCAGCUUCUACUACGACAAAAAUUGUAGAUCCUGCGACCACCACAAAUGAUGCAGCUACUACGACAACAACAGCUCCAACUGUAGCUUCUUCCAUAAGAACAAGUGCAGCCCCUACUACAGCAACCACAACAGAAGCUUAUUCUACAACAACUGUAGAAGCUACGACUACCACAACAACAUCCCCUACGAGAACUGCAGCUCCUACUACAACUACCGUAGCUCCUACGGCCACUACAACUGCAGCAGCUCUUACAAAAACAACUGAAGCUGCUUCCACAAGCACUACUGCAGCCCCUACAGCAACCACAAUUGAAGCUUCUUCUACAACAACUAUAUCACCUACGACAACAUCGCCUUCGACAACUGCAGCUCCUACUACAACAACUGAAGCUGCUUCCUCACCCACUACAGCAACCCCUACUGCAACAAGAAAUGAAGAUCAUUCUACAAUAACCACAACAACAUCCCCUACGACAACUGCAGCUCCUACUAAAACCACUGGAGCUUCUACGGCCACUACAACAGCAGCAGCUCUUACAACAACAACUGAAGCUCAACCACAACAGCAGCUAGUACAACAACUGGAGCUCCAACGACCACUACAACUGCAGCAGCUCAAACAACACCAACUCUACUACGACAACCACAGCUCCUACAACUCCAACUGUAGCUUCUUCCACAAGAACAAGUGCAUCCCGUACUACUGCAACCACAACAGAAGCUUAUUCUACAACAACUGUAGAAGCUACGACUACCACAACAACAUCCCCUACGAGAACUGCAGCUCCUACUACAACUACCGUAGCUCCUACGGCCACUACAACUGCAGCAGCUCUUACAAAAACAACUGA